AUUUUUAAGAAUUCACCCGUUGUCAAACACACAGAGAAGAGAGAGAGAAGGCAGAGGAGAGAGAAGCUAUGGCGUGCAACAGCUCUAACUUUUUGUAAAGCUCUCAAGAUUCUCUGAAGUUUUAUCGGCUGCUCUUUUUGUUUUUCAGUUCUCUUCUGUAAGUUUUUUUUAUCAAUUUCCUUUGUGCUUUAGAGUCUUUUGGUUUUUGUUUUAAUUCUAGAAGGUGAUUAUGAUAGAGAGAGACUAUUUAGAUGAGUCAUAUGAGGAGAAAAACAAGGAGAGCCCAGAUCACAAGAUUGAGUUUCAAGAAAACGGUAUUGAUUUUCUUGCAGAAAACUCACAGAAUAGAAUGAAAAUGAUGGGUGGUUUCGAUGAAAACGCUGUUAAAACUGGGAAUUCUGUUUCACAGGAGCUCACGCUUAGUUACCUUUGUGAGAAUUCGAAACUGGGAAUGUCUGAGAAAGAUUUUUCGGGCAAAAAUCUGUUGAAUUCUUUGGAAAAAUUGGGCAGUGUUUAUAAAGGAAAAGAGAUAUUGGUAUUUGAGGAUCAAAUAGAAAUGAAUAAUAACUUAUGGGUAGAGAGAGAUUUUCUUCAGUUGAAUGAGAAUAGAGGGAAUUCGUCUAAGAGGGAAGCUGAUAAUGAGAAGAUUGAGGGAGAGAAUGUGGGUAAGAAGCCGAAAGUUGAGUCUUUGAACCUUUCUUUGGCGUUACCUGAGGUUUCAUUCUCUUUGGCUGGGUCUAACCGGAUCCAAAAUGGUGAUCUCCCAGAUCGACUGAGGCCAAGUAGGAGUGUGAUGUCGCUGGUGCCGUCUUAUAACAAUACAACGACUACUUACUCUAAUGAUUACACAGCUGCCUCACUGUCAUAUUCUCAUUCCCACCCUUUUUCGCACAAUCCCAGCUGCUCGCUUACUCGGAAUUCAACAGAGAAUUUUGAGUACUCGGUUGGGAGUCACCGGAGAGAGUGUGAUCAGAUUUGGAACUGUGGGGAAGGUACUAAUGGAUCGGUUCACAGCCGGUUUAGGCCUAUUGGGGAUGGGACUGUUGUAUUUUCUAAUCAUGAAGUUGGUGGUGGAGGUUUUGGAUUGGGUGAUGGUGGUAGGAUCAAUAAGGACUCAUGUAACAGUAGUCUUUAUAAGACUACCAGCUCAGACAAUCAUUCCUUUUUCCCAUCUGAGUUGCCAGCACGGCCAAGGAUAGAUUCUCAGUCAGGUGAGUUUGGAGGGCGAGGGUCAGAUGGUCGAAGAGAUUUGGAGAAUGUUGAUGGAGGUGGGGCUCGUGAGCUUUCUAGGCCUGAGAAAAUACUUAGAGAAAUUGUAUCGGAGUCUAUUCCAGUAAUGGCUCAGAUAAUUCAAGAGCUUAAUGAUGAAACAGUUGAAUCUACUAAGGAAUACUUAGAGAAUCUCAUUAAUAUGCCAGAGAGGAAAGAUGAAUUGUUGUGGCUCCAAAAAAGACUUGAAAGAAGAUCUGAUUUUACGAAUGAGACUCUCUCAAAGUGCCACAAAAAACAACUUGAAAUUUUGGUUGCAAUUAAAAUGGGGCUUGGAAGCUUCUUAUCUGGCAAAAGCCAACUUCCAACAGCCGAAUUGGUGGAUAUAUUCUUACUUCAAAGGUGCCGAAACAUAAACUGCAAGAGGCUAUUACCUGUCGAUGACUGUGACUGCAAAAUUUGCUCAACGAAACAGGGAUUCUGCAGUGAAUGCAUGUGUCCUGUAUGUUUGACCUUUGACUGUGCCAACAACACUUGCAGUUGGGUUGGUUGUGACCUUUGUUCUCACUGGUGCCAUGCAGCCUGUGCACUUCGCAGUAAUUUCAUAAAGCAAGGUCCAUGCGUGAAGGGACCUUCGAGGACAACUGAGAUGCAGUUUCACUGCCCUGGAUGUGGUCAUGCUUCCGAAAUGUUUGGGUUCAUUAAGGAUGUUUUCAUGAAUUGUGCCAAGGAUUGGGAUGCCGAAACCAUGAUAAAAGAGUGUGACUGUGUUAGGAAAAUCUUUAGGGGAAGUGAAGAUCGCAAAGGCCAGGAGCUGCAUGUGAAGGCCAAUGAGAUGCUUACCAAGCUCGAGAACAAAAUAAUGACUCCUUCAGAUGUCUGCAAUUUCAUUUUCCAGUUUUUCAGCUAUACGGAUGGCUUGUUAGAUUCUGGUGCUUUAAACAUUCUUUCAAAAGAUUUGACUAAUCAGUCGUCCCUCGGAACAGAUGCUUCUGUUCUUCCACUGUCCAGUUCUCGCGCUCCAAAAACUUCCUUCCACGAUACGAGCACUUCUAGUGGACGACAGGAGCUGAUGCCAUUCGAUCUCCAUCAGAAUGACAUUAAAUUUCCUCUCGUGAACGACAAGAUAAUCGAAGAUGAGUGGUCUGUGAAGCCAGCAAAGAAAGACGGUUUUGACAGCUUGGAAAGUCUUGUACGCAUUAAAGAAGCAGAAGCCAGGAUGUUCAAGGGCAGAGCUGAUGAGGCACGAAGGGAAGCAGAGAGUAUCCGGAAUAUGGUCAGAAUGAAAACCGAGAAAUUGGAACAAGAGUACACUGAGAAGCUAGCAGAUCUGUGUUUGCAGGAGACCGAAGAAAGGCAGAGGAAAAAACUGGAAGAACUUAAGGAAUCAAAGAAUUCACAUUGUGAUUACUACAACAUGAAGUUGAGAAUGCAAUCCAAGAUUACAGGCUUGUUGAAGAGAUUGGAGUCCACAAAGCAGCAGUUAGUUUAACCCUUCUUUUGGCCGGACAUUGAUUGCAAUGUCUUGCAUGGUUUUAAUGUUGUAAAAUUUUGAAUUUUUCCAUUAUAAAUAUAACUUAUGUAGUACUUUUAAAUUGCCUAUUUUUUUCAAUUUUCUGCCACUUUGGAAGGAAAACUCGAUUUUGUACCGUUUACUCCAAUCAUAUUGUGGUUUCAUUGUA